UACUGUCGGUGAUUUGGACAAGUUGGACAAACUGCUGAGCAAAUAUGACAGGAGGGCUCUGCCCACGGGUCACAUGAGUGGACCUACUCAAGUCGCAUGUGAAAUCUACAUAAGAAGUUUUGGCUCCAUCAACCCGGCCACCAUGGAUUACGAAGUAGACCUGUACCUGCGUCAGCGAUGGCACGAUGACCGCUUUGAGAUGAGUGGCAUCAGUGGACCGCUCGACUUGAAUGACCCUAAACUAGUGCAACGAAUCUGGAAGCCGGAGGUCUUCUUCGCCAACGCGAAGCACGCCGAGUUCCAGUACGUCACGGUGCCCAAUGUACUGGUUAGAAUCAGCCCUUCGGGUGACAUCCUCUACAUGCUCAGGCUGAAGCUGACGUUUUCCUGCAUGAUGGACCUUUACCGGUACCCUCUUGACUCGCAAGUCUGCACCAUUGAACUUGCUUCAUUCUCAAAGACGACAGAUGAGCUGCAACUGCACUGGUCUAAAGCAGCUCCUGUGAUCCUUUACGAAAACAUGAAGCUGCCUCAAUUCGAAAUUCAAAACGUGAACACGUCCUUGUGCAACGAGACAUUCCAUAUUGGAGAGUACAGCUGCCUAAAAGCCGAGUUCAACCUGCAGCGGUCCAUUGGCUACCACCUUGUCCAGUCGUACCUACCCACCAUAUUGAUCGUGGUCAUCUCAUGGGUCUCGUUCUGGCUCGACGUGGAAGCGAUUCCGGCACGAAUCACUCUGGGCGUAACUACGCUGCUAACAAUCUCAUCAAAGGGGGCCGGCAUACAAGGAAACCUGCCACCCGUUUCGUACGUCAAGGCUAUCGAUGUCUGGAUGGGGGCAUGUACCAUGUUCGUGUUUGCCGCGUUGCUCGAGUUCACUUUUGUCAACUACCUGUGGAGAAAGCGGCCCGGGACUGCCAAGUCACCGUCUUCAGUACUCACAGCUGUGCCGGAGAGCAAAGUCGCUGUUCUGAUUCCGGAAAAGGCGUGCAACGGUAACUUGGCACCAUGCAACCUCAUUUCCAGUGGCACCGAUGUAAACCCUUCACCGACUGAUGCCGACUCUAUCAAAAAUAACCACAAGGUUCAGGCCAAAAGGAUUGACCAAACAUGCAGGAUAGCAUUCCCGAUGGCAUUCCUGGCGUUCAGCAUCGCUUACUGGCCUUACUAUCUUUUCUGAGGCCUGUAGCCAGAAGAACAGGUAAACGGGCCAAGGUCACCAGUAGCGAUGAAACGAAUGUGACGCGAGUCUUGAUCGUUGUUGCCGCAACCCCAUUGGCUGUUUGUAAAGAACGAGCCUUACUUUUACCGCAUAACGUUUUGCGCAUCUCAAAAGUUCAGAUAUUUAUGCUCCUGUACUUUUUUUGCACAUCUAUAUUUACUAAAGAUCACUCAUACACCUCACGCUUUGUGUCUGUUAGCGUAUCUCGGAUUAUUCUCAUUGUCACUAUCACUGAGGUACUACCGAUCAAUAUUAUACGAGCUUGAAGAGCUCAGAAACGGAUUAAAUGACACAGUGUUUGUCCUUUACAAUGAUGCCACACUUAGAUAGCGAGUUGGAAACUUCUUCAAUAAAGCAGUAUUUACCGGGAGGUAAACGCGCUCUUCUUUCAAAAGAAAGAUGCACAGGUGUGAUUUAGUGCAUGCACGGCUUUAAAGUUGCUGCACUGUAAAUAACUUUUAAUGUAUGAUACUAAAAGGUAUUAGCUGGCGAUGGCGGGAGCCUCAAAUUAUGUCACUCAUUUAAUAACUUGUGAAAGAGAAAAAAUGUUGAAUUUGACUUCUCAUUUCUUGGAAGAAGACUUUUAUUUACUGCCCCAGUUCUCAGGAAGAUUUCCUACAAUUUUAGGAAGGUAAAACAUUUUGAAAAGAUGAAAUUCAAUCGCAAAGUUUGAGAAUUUGCACAUUUAAACAAGAAACAUCGUCGACUAUGCAAACAGCAAGUAUUAACUUAGAGCCUGUAAAUCUCAGUUAAUUUGACCUAUAGUUGCAAGCCUAUGCGAUGCAAUUAGACUGCGCCUGAAAUAUUUAUUCGAAAAAGCUUGGCUCCGCACGCAGCAAUACAUUUCAAACAGUGUUCAUUAUGUCAAUAUUGUCCAAUUAGAGAGACUUGGUGAUAUGUUUUCUUUCAAUACUUUGUUAGAAAGGUAUAGAAUGAAGAGAUGACUUGUUUCAUAUAGAAAUCUUAAUAAAUUUCUUUUAAAAACAGAUUGUUGUAUAUAAAAUGAUGGCUGUAUAGAAGUAACAUGUACAAAACAUCUGAUUUGUCACAUGAUCAGGAUAAACUUAGUAGAUGGAACUAGCCAUAUAACAUGGUGCAAUGAUCGUGGAGAUGAAUGCUUUUUUCCUGGUAUUCAUGUAUUUGGUCAAGAGAUUCAAGGCUGAAAACUCUGCAUACUUGGAGUAAAGCCAGUGCUUCUCGAUAGCCCGUUGUGUAGGUUACAUAACUAUGAACCAACCGAGUUGCUUCAGCAUCUUUAUAAACACAACUUUACGAAAAUAAAGCUCGCAAACUACACAGAUGAGAACUGCCUCACGAUUGAAUGUUUAAAUCAAGUUACCAUUAUAAUAUACUUUUUUUCCCUUUCGCUCGAUUAGCAGGCACCCAACCAUGCUUGUUUGUCGACAGUGUCUUUUUCUCUCGAUAUAUUCUACUGUUACUGCGUGUUGAUAGUUUAAGAUGUUGAACUUUUUCAGAGCUUAUACACUAGUCAGGAGAGAUAAGCGUUUGCAGGUGUCGUACAUUCGGUUUUUGUAAUUAUCGUCGAAAUGCGAGUAGAUUAGUGCUAGUUAUCUUGCAGCGUAACUUGUGUAAGUGUAUCAUUUCGAGAAAGAAAUACUUCGAAUCAAUAAAUAUUCAGACCAAUACAA